AUGACCUCUUCCUGCAGCUCGUCCACCUUCACCUCCUCCAUGAGCUCCACCAAGUAUCCUAAGGGCUUGGCAAGGAGCGCAGAGGAGCACUCUGGGGUUCAAUGUAAGACCUCCGCUGUGGUGGAGUCCUUCAACCAGGUACAAAAAUCCCCCCAAAUCCCAGAGGGAGAGUCUGUCCCAGAUUUUGAAGUGAAGCUACGGCCCAUCACUGCCCAAGAGGGUGACAAUGCUGCAUUCAAGGCAAAUGUGACUGGGAAUCCACAGCCCAGUGUGAGCUGGGAGCGAGCUAAUCAAAAUUCUGACCUUGGAGGAUGCCGAUGUCUACAAGUGCACUGCCUCCAACAAGCACAGAGAUGCUGCCUUCUCCAUAUCACUCAGUGUUACAGAAAAACCACCAAUGUACUUCAAAAAGAUGCUGGAGAAGCAGCAGGGGCACACGCAUGUUGUCUAAUACUAGCUGUGACACUCCUAGAACCUGUCAAGAGGUAUGGAGAAGAGAAGAAGAAGCCACCUACAGAGGAGGAGAUGUUAAAGAUCCUGGCUGGAGCUGACAAGAAGGACUGGGGGAUCUGUGCCAAGUAUGGCUUCAGCAACAUCAGAGGCAUUCUCAAGAAGUUCAAGGAGAUGAAGAAGAAAGUGGAGGUGGAGGUAGACCUGUGCUGCAGAGAGCUUGCACACAUGACACAGGAUCAAAUAAAGAUGAACAGAUGGUGCGUGUCUUGAAGCCCCUGGAAGACAUCACUGCCAAAGUUGACAUCGUGUUCAACACUGUCUUGGAACUGAAGGAUCCAAACAUCAGGAUCAGUGGU